AUGAGCUUUCCAAACAACAAUGGCUUGGGAGGGUACGGAAACAGUAGGCUCCCCAGUUUUGGCCAAUUUCCACCUCUGGAUCGCCAAUGCAAGGCAAUGCCAAUGGAAGAAGCAACAUGGAAAACACUUCAGAUGGAUGACUACAUGCAAAAACUUCCAGACGGAAAUACCAUGAGUCUAGAAGCUUUUGCCGUAAAGAUGAACUAUACAAAUUUUAUAUGUGGGAUCGGAGCAAGUUGCUGGGCCGGUCAACCGUGCUAUCCUUUGGGAUUAAAGGAUUUCUAUAUCCUGUAUAGUGUACAGCAAUAUAACACAUAUAUGAACAUCUACGCUGAUGCAGUGGGGUAUGGGAUUGGACUUGUUCAAUCAACCAUAAAUGCGCUCAUUGCAUCACUAUUUCCAGCUCAAGAUACCACAAUGAUAAAAAACAUGAAAGCUAACAUGGGUGUACAAGCAGCAUUUUCACAGGUCACAGGAGCUGUCCUACUUGAUUUGUUCACUGCACUCACAGCUGCAACUGGUCCCAUUGGAAUGGCUUUCAAUGUGUUAGGUCAAGUCAUAGUGGCGGGAAUGGCUACAGUGGCAGUUGUUAUCCAAGAGCCACCUGGCCCCUUGAAAGAUGGUUUUGAUCAAUGGUCCAAUGUUGCCUAUUACCUGACACAAUAUCAGCAGUUGCUACGCAAACAAAUUGACGAUACUUUGAAGAAACGCAUUCAGUCGGGUAUCAGCACAGACGAAGGCAUGUUUGGAGUCAUCAAGGGAGGAACUUUUCUACCACCAGCUCAAAUGAUCAAUUUACCCGACUUCACAGAUCGGGUGAGAAAUAUCACUACAGCAAUGGGAAUAAACCUAAUCUUGAACAGAUCUGGAUGUCAAGAAAAGGGUUUAAAUGGUGCCUCUGAAGAUCCAAGCAGAAUAUCAUACUGUAGGAAACCUGGUGGCACGAUGUAUAAUUUGUUCAUUUCUCAUGGAGACGACGCAUUUUGGCAAAUCGAAAAUGGGCAGGUGAUCCAGGAAAGCUUUGGAUACAGUCCUGAACUCAUCAUAAUGUCUUCAGUUAGAUGCCAGAAAUUGAACAGAGGAUACCGUUACUCUCCAUGGGCUGAUGGGAAAUCAACCCCUCAAGAUGUCACAGAUACCUGUGUUUUUAACCUUCCAGUAUGUUUUCUUGAUCAUAAAGAUACUAGAGAUAGGAUUAGCAGGGACCACAAGCGAUUUUCGCCGGGCAAAGCAUGUAAGAUGGAGGGCAUGCCAUUGAUUUAA